CCUAUGGAACUGUCUGAAAACCCUAGCUAGUUUUCACUUUUUCGGAUUUCAGAAACAUCUUAUAUAAAUGAGCUUCACUCACAUCAACUAAAAUCCUAAUCACUUCUUUAAUAUCGACAAAGACAAAAGAGAUGAAGAACACAAAAGCAAAGUUGAUCACACUUCUUCUAGGGUUUCUCUUCCUCAUGAUGAUGAUGAUGAUCAUGAACUUUCAUCAUGCGCUUCAAGAUGUAGGUGGAUCCAAAUAUGAAGAUUAUGGUCUUAUAGCGAGCGGAAGUGAACAUCUCUUGAAUAUGGGACGAAAGAUAAAAAGUUUAAAACCAAUCGACUCUGAAACAAAGAAAAGAUCAAGAAAAGGCUUAGUCUCGACAGAUUCAGCAAGGGAAAUCGAUAAUCUAAUGAGAAGUGACUAUCCUUCACGCAUGAAUGGGAGGAAAAGGACUCCAAUUCAUAAUUGAUCGCAUAUCCUCAUUAAGUAGUUUUCUUUUCUUAAUCAAGUAGUUGAAGAAAUUAACUUUUUGUUUUGGUUAACAAUAUAUGUGAGAAGAAGAUGCUAUAGGUCUACAUAAAUGUAUGUGUACAAAAAUAAGGUUUUGCUACUUUGUUUUUUUUGUUUGCUUCAAUCAAUGUAUUCUUACUAAUUAAUUAGGCUUAUAUAUACAUUACAAAUGGUAACA